AUGGAGUUGUUGUCAGAGCGGAAGUGUUGCUGCGUUGGUCUGACCCAAGUCGACGUUUGUUUCCGGAAGCCAAAGGAUACUAGCUACCCUGCGACUUUUAUUUGUAGGCGCUUUCGCUUGUUCGGGCUCCACUACAAGCAUAAACUUUGGGAAACUACAACAAGUCAACACUGUACGCUUCAGCCUCAGCUAGCGAGCGAGGAAGUUCACUUCACCCUGUUGUCAGCAGGACCCGGCUUUCUUUCUCCGUCCACCCUGGCCUUCCCCUGUUUCGAUGGAGUAUAUCUCCCACAACAAGAAAACGACUUCUUGCAUCAUGUCCUGGAUGAGCUGGAAACAUACCAACAGAAAAACAGCCACAACAGUGUGCUGCUGUUUCCUCCCUUACCCAGCAGACUGCGAUACCUGAUUCACAAAACCAUAGAAGACCUGCCAGAGCUCACCACCUUCUCAGUAGGGGAGAGCUGGUGCCGUAGGGUGGUGGUCUGCCCUUGUGAGCUCAGGAGUGAGGUAGAGGAAGACAGCGACUUGGAGAGCAACAGCAGCUUGUGUGAAGAGCCCCUAAGUAUUAGGGAAGAGAGGGAACGCAAUAUCAAGCCUAAACCUUCAAUCCCACCACGAAGCCGAGCACCUAAGAGGCCCGACAAGCCCCUCUACAUGCCACGAGCCGCUCGAGAGAGGCUGUCAUUACAAAAUUCACAAGGCUCCACAGCUGGCUCUGAGUCAUUGAGUUCAGCUUGUGUUGAUAGAAGCUCUGUCAACAGUUUGUCUGACUCUUGUACUUGUCCUGAAUCUACAGAAAACACAAAGCACUCAUUAUCUAAACAGGAAUCAUUCCCCAGUAUAGCAGACAGAGUCCCUAAACCGUCUGCAGACAGUUCAGCGAUGUGUCCUCAGGAAGAAGAAAAGCUGGUGCUCAGGCUGGAUGAAGAUGAAGCUCUAGUCUUGAAACAGACUCAGUCCCAGUUUGCUGAACUGACUGUGGAGGAGGAUGAGAAGGAGGAUGAGAAGGAGAAGGACGAGACUGCAAGUGUGCCACGCUGUCUCCAGACAGAAGACACAAGCACAGACAAAGAUGGUGUAACUGCAGAGAUCAAGGCACAUCUAAAAGAAGGAGUCUCUGUUGCCAUUGUCCACAAUGACCAUUGA